ACAUUGGCGGGGGAAACUCAGAGGAAAACUUGCCUGCGUUAAAGAAGCUCCUGCAUAGUGCUGCAUCAGUCGCUCUGUAAAGACACGGUUCGACAGUCGCUCUGUUAAAAGACAAGGUUCGACAGUAGCUUCCACAAACAGUAAACCAAAAUGUCCGAUGUCGAAGUGAAUACUGCACAAGCAAAUUAUUACACGCCUGUUCAACAUGCAGAUGAGGAUGAGGAUCACCCCAGGUGGAAACAAAACGACGAAUGUUUCGAGGAGCCACUAUGCAAAAUGGAACGUAAGAACAUUCCUGAGCCAUGUCAUGCUAUUCGCAUCUUGGAGCGCAGAUAUGCUUUGACUGCAACGUCUCAUAAGUAUUUGGAAAUUGGACUCAAUGUGCAAUAUCGACUCCAUCCCGUCGUGGAAAUAGUCCUCGGUGACAAUCGCGAUAAUGAACUAAUAUUACAUCCAGACACUUGGGGAAAACUGAUGGAAAAUCGUAGUGCUGUAUAACGACUUCUGGAAGCGCGCAACCCAUACUUUCCGCAACGGAUUCAAAAUUUAGGAGUGAAA